UUCCCCACCGUGCUGCUGAUCGUUGGCCACUCCUUUUACUGUGCUUUCGUCUUUCUAUUUGCUCUUUGUAAGGUCACGCAUUAAAUUAAGAUCGGUCCGCUUGCGACUAGCGCCGGAGGGCGGCGAUGUCGGUGUCGUGCGGGCUGGAGUGCGUGCUGUGCCUGGGGUGCUCCCGAUGGGCGUGGAAGCGGCUCACCUACGUGGGCGCCUAUGACAGCGAGGCGUGGCCGCCGGCCGCCGCCGAGGAUGUCGAACCCAUACCCCGCGCCUGCCGCGCGGUGCUUGCCGUGUACGAGGAAGACCUCGCCAACCCGCGGUAUGCCCCCGCCGGCGGCUACCGCAUGGACCCUUCCGACGUCGUCAAGCGUGUCCCAUACGAUCAGAUCCCCGAUGGCUGCUGUCCCCCUUACCUCAUCUAUGUCGACCGCCAGCACAAGGAGGUCAUCCUCGCCGUCCGUGGCCUCAACCUCAUCCGCGAGAGCGACUACAAGGUCCUCCUCGACAAUCGCCUGGGGCAGCAGAUGUUCGAUGGGGGAUUCGUCCACCACGGCCUCCUUCAGGCCGCGACCUGGCUCCUCAACCACGAGGGCGACACCGUCCGCGACCUCCUGAGCAAGCUCGGCCCCGAGUACAAGCUCGUCUUCGCCGGCCACUCUCUCGGCUCCGGCAUCGCCGCCCUCAUGACCAUCAUCGUCGUCAACCACCGCAACCAGUUUGGUGGAAUCCCCAGGAACCAGAUCAGAUGUUACGCCAUUGCCCCGGCCAGAUGCAUGUCUCUCAACCUCGCCGUCAAGUAUGCCGAUGUCAUCAACUCCGUCAUCCUGCAGGAUGACUUUUUACCAAGAACACCCACACCCUUGGAGCAUAUUUUUGGAUCUAUCUUCUGCUUGCCCUGCUUCUUAUUUUUGGUUUGCUUGAGAGAUACAUUUAUACCAGAGAAGAAAAAGCUUCGUGAUCCAAGAAGGCUUUAUGCUCCUGGACGAAUGUAUCAUAUUGUUGAGAGAAAGUUCUGCAGAUGCGGAAGAUAUCCUCCUGUGGUGAGGACUGCCAUUCCUAUAGAAGGAAGAUUUGAACACAUCGUACUAUCAUGUAGUGCCACAUCGGACCAUGGAAUUAUAUGGAUAGAGCAUGAAGCACAGAAGGCUUUAGAUUUGUUGAAGGACACGGAGCCUAAAACACCUCCACGACAGCAAAAGAUGGACAGGAAACAGAGUUUUGAGCAAGAACACAAGGCUGCUCUGGAAAAAGCAGUGAGCCUGAACAUACCUCAUGCUGUGGCCGUGACAGAAGAGUCCAGUGAAGCCACCAUUACUGCUCCUUCUGAAUGUCAGCAGGGUGCAACUUCAGGUGGUGGCUCAAAAUCCAGUGGAAGAGCUAACUGGGACCAAUUGGUUGAGAAGCUCUUCAGCAAGAAUGAAUCAGGGAACCUUAUUUUGAAGAAAGACAUAAACAUCGAUAGCUAGCAAGCUUGGUAUAGCUUUCCCUCCUCUUUUUUGGUAUCUAUGUUCAUAGUCAUGUAUUAGUCACUAUUUUGUGGUUGCUUGUGCUGAAUUUUAUCACAUUGCUUUGUUUCCAAGCUGAAGAGGCAUUGUUGUAAGAAAUCAAUUUGUGAAAUCUGGUUCAAUUGAGCCACUUGAUGUUGUAAACUCAUCAAGAAGAACCUCUUCAAAUUCAGUUUAGAGCUGCUAUUGCAUCUCUACAUUUAAGAAAACAUGCA